AUGUGCGCUUCAUAUCGGAUUGCCGGUUUAUUAAUUAUAUGUGUGGUCGUCGUCUCUGGAAAUGUUCACGGAUCCCGAAGAUCACGAAGAAUGGAUAUAGAAGAUUAUGAACAAAAUGAAAUAAAUAGUGGUAGAGCUGACGAAGGUUCUUGGUGGCCAUCCGCAGAAUUUAACAUUUUACGAAAAGUUUACGACGAUUGCAGUGCGCAGAAACAUUUAACAACGUGCCUUAAAGGCAAAGCGCUAACCGCUUUAACAAGAGCAAUUGAGCAGGAGAGCGUACAGCUCGCCGAUGGACUGACCCUGGUUAAACAAGCCGACGCUCCAAGUUCUGUAGCAGAACCUCGCUUCCUCCCCGGAAUGUCGAUGGAAGACAAGCUCGAUACUAUGCUACGCACUAGGUUCGAGCAGUUAUUAAGCACGCAUACGAUCUCAAUGGAUCUCGUGGAAGAAGGAAGAGGCAGAGGCAAAAAAGUGCUCCCAUACCUGCUACUCGGUAUUUUCACGACCGUAAGCAUCGUCGGAGGAAUAGCUUUGAAGACUUUAGCUGCUAUUGCCGGUAAAGCGUUGAUUGCAAGUAAGGUCGCCCUAACGAUCGCCGGUAUCAUCGCCCUUAAGAAAUUGUUCAGUCACGAUGGUGCGACCGGUGAAACUACUUUCCAAGUCCAUGCAGAUGGCCACCAUAGGCGGAACUUAUAUGUGGUGAGGCCAGCGAGGUCGGGCGCCAUUGAUCCUUACCGUUACUACGCGGAGCAGCAAGCGAGCGCGAGUGCGUAGACGCGAGGAUGCUGAGAUAACUUCGACACGCCCGCUUCGCCACGACCCUGCGCAGAAAACCAUACAAAAUAACCUCAAACCAAAGUAUCGUCCAACUACUGGACAAUCUAUUUAGAUUAAUCCUUUGUCUAUCUCCUCCUUAAUCUCUGUCAGUUAUUUAUUUAACAUAAUUUAUUUAAUCGUGACUACGGUUCUAGGUAUAUUUAAUUAUAAAAUAAAUUAUUUAAGGAUAAAAUAAAAAAUGAUAAUACAUAAUGCGGUUUCAUUUUUACUUAUGUACUAUUAGGAGAAGAGUAAGUAUUAAGCUAUUUUUUGUCAUAUAAAAUGUGUUACAUUACAUUUGAAUGAAAUAAAGUUUUUUAUACAAAUUUAA